AUGAAGGCAGAGACAGAGAAGCACAUAGGAUCGAAAUCGAAGUGGUGAAGAUGCUAAGUUUGAAGCGAUUGAUACGACGAUGUUCCUGUCUCUGUCUCAGAGAUUCCAUUGUGGCUUCACUACCCACAAUGCAACCCGAGAAGCUCCAUUAUCCUAUUCCCUCUCACCUUUCGGCUCGCCUCACCCCCAAACGCUUCUUCGAUCUCCACCAGUUUGUAAAUAAGGCAGCAAUUGAGAAGGAGCGCGCUCGAAUUCAAGAUGAAAUGAAUAGGGGAUACUUCGCUGAUAUGGCUGAGCUCAAGCAACAUGGUGGUAAGAUUGCUGUAGCUAAUAAAGUGAUAAUACCAGCAAUGGAAGCUGUGAAGUUUCCUGAUUUCGAAGUUAGCUUCCCAGAUGGUAAAACGAUGAAGCUUCCUAUCCGUCUUUCUGAUAAUGUAAUUGAUUCUGACAAAUCAUCUGUCCCCAAGGCAUCUUUGGUUUGUCUUUCAUUUCGAGCAAGCUCCCAGGAAAUGAUCAAUUCUUGGAGCGUGCCUUUUGUCGAAGCAUUUAGUAAAUCGAAAGAUGUUCAUUUAUAUCAGGUAUCAUUUAUAGAUUCAUGGCUUUUGUGUCGGUAUCCUAUAAAGCGUCUCCUUCUCUGGACGACAAAGAAACCUAAUCAUCAUGAAAGCAAGGAUACGCUUCAGAGGCAGAUAGUGUAUUCAUUUGGUGAUCACUAUUAUUUCAGAAAAGAACUAAGGAUACUGAAUCUCCUAACAGGGUAUAUCUUUCUACUUGAUAAUUUUGGUAGAGUAAGAUGGCAGGGCUUUGGAUUGGCAACAGAAGAUGAGCUGUCUUCCCUUCUUUCUUGCACAUCACUUCUUCUACAUGAGUAAAGAGAGAUUUUCGGCUAUGAUAGACAUGGUUGGAUGAGAUUAUGCAGUUCCAACUACGUUGUCAGACAUACAUUUAUAGAGCUACUAUUUUGUUGGGGGGACGAACACUGUAAUCCAAGGAAGAGGCUGUGUGAUCAUAAGUAGUUUAAUUUUUAUAUUUUUUUAUGCAAUUUUUUUUAACCAUAUGUCAAAUAAAAGU